AUGCCUGAAGUGAAAGAUGAUAAAACCUUCAAGCCUGCAGUAGUUCCUGUAACCCCUUUCACAGCCACAGGUGAAUUUACAGUUUCUCUUCCUGUGGCAGAGGACAAAGUCGACUUACAUUUGAACAUAGUGGACAGCCCUGAGGAGGACAUGAAGGUGCGUCUGGAUUUUGACAUACCCGCAGAGGAGAAGGCGUUUCUGAUUAAGAGGAAACAGGUGGUGUCUCGUGCGCUGCAGAAAAUAUUCCAUUUUCAAACGCCGUUGGAUCCCACCCAGGUGCCGACGGUGGCUGUGGUGUGUUCAGGAGGUGGCUCCAGGGCCAUGACGGGCACGUACGGCUCUCUGAAAGGGCUACAGAGCCUCGGCCUGCUCGAUGUCAUCACCUACAUCACCUCUGUGUCUGGCUCCACCUGGGCCACUGCUAAUCUAUACUCUGACCCGUUUUGGUCAAAAGAAGGCCUGGAUACCCCGAUAGCAUCUGCGCAGAAGAUGCUGUCUAAGAGCACAGCCAGUCUCUUCUCUCCUACACAGAAGCAUUAUUAUUGCUCCGAACUGCAGAACCGAAAGAAAGAAGGUCACUCCGUCUCCUUCAUCGAUACCUGGGGGCUCGUCAUAGAACAGCUCAUCUUUGGCAAGAAACACACAGCUACACUGUCUGACCAGAAGAAGGCAGUCUCCGAGGGCCAGAACCCGCUCCCAAUCUACACAGCAGUGAACAUGAAGAAGGUUCCCAGUGGCUCCACGGUCCCCGAGUGGUGUGAGUUCACACCAUAUGAGGUGGGAUUCUCCAAAUAUGGAGCCUUUGUCCCUGCAGAAGAUUUAGGGAGUGAGUUCUACCUAGGUCAUGUAGUUAAGAAGCUACCGGAAACACGCAUCUCCUUCCUCCUGGGCAUGUGGAGCAGUGUGUUCUCCAUGACCGUGACACAGAUCUGGAGUUCUUUUACUGGAGUGACACCAUCCUUCACAGGGGAAAAGGCAGACAAGAUCGAGACAGAUGAUAAGCGGCAGACGAUGGAUACCUUACGAGUCCGUUCAGAGGCUUCAGCAGUGAGCGACUUCCUGACCCAUCGCCCCAUCAUCAGCCGUGUGUUUAACUUCCUUCGAGGAUUUUUCCUGCACGACUUGUACAACAAAAGCCCAAAUUUCAACACCUCGAAGGAGACACACCCGGAUGCAUUUCCGAACAAGCUGACUCCGAUGGACUCCACUCUUGACUUGGUGGAUUCUGGAUUUGCCAUUAACACGGCCUGCCCUCCUGUGCUGCGACCCCACAGGCACGCCGAUGUCAUUCUGUCCCUCGGCUACUCCUGGGAUGAGGACCACUUACAGGUCAUGAAGGACACUCAGGAAUACUGCACUGAGCACCAGAUACCAUUCCCAAAGAUAGAUUUCAGCAAGUAUGCAUCUCAGCCCAAAAAGGAAGUGUAUGUGUUUAAAGAUGAAAUGAAUCCUGAUGCUCCCAUAGUGCUCCACUUGCCGCUGGUCAACGUCUCGUUCAAAGAGUAUAAAGCACCUGGAGUAAAGAGAAUAGGAAACAAGGAGCUAAAAGAAGGAAAUAUUGAUGUGAGCACUAAAUCCUCUCCAUACAUUAGCAAACACCUCACGUAUUCUCCAGAAGACUUCCAAAGACUGGUGGACCUCACGUUCUACAACACUGUCAACAAUAAAGAAACCAUCAUAAAUGUACUUAAGAACGCGCUGAACAACAAAACAAAGCUUGCUAGCAUGACCUCAGCUGAUGGAACAAAUAAAUGCAGAGUAAAUUAACCACUGGAGUAAGAACUGAAGGACAAAGUGAGUUGAAAGUAUUUGCUUGUUACCGAGUUUUAAUCGAUAUUACUCAUAAAUCUAUUUAUAUUAAUACACUAAUAUGUUACUAAUAAGUUAGUGACUACGUUUACAUGGACAGCAGUAAUCUAAUUAUGGUCCUUAUUCUGAAUAAGACUGUAUUCUGAUUAAGGUGUUUACAUGAGUCGCUUUUAGAACAUUCCUUUCAUGAUCCUGUUUCACGUGUUAUAGAACAUAGAUCAGUUAACAGCACACGUCAUUACGUCCCCACGUCACGCUGUCCGCCGUUCCCUCCAGAAUUUCACAUAUCGACAUACAGUUCGUUUUCGUCAUGGAACCGUAUACAGUUUUCUGUGUUUUUAUUUUUAAUUUUACGAACGCUUCAAGUGCGUCUGACACUGCGUACUUCCCUACUAUAUAGUAGCCGGGAUACAUGUCUUUCUCCUACUAUAUACUGUAGUAGGGAAGUGCGCGGUUUCGGACGCAGCCGUGCUCUCGUUUGCCGUCAAACGGUCGAGCGCUGCCGUGUGUGUACGUGUCCUGUCGCACAAUGCGGUGAAAACUCUCUCACGACAUUAAUAGUGUGAUUAAGGUGUGUACAUGUCUGUAACGCACGUCCAUAAUGCGACUAAAACAGGAAUACUCCACACGUCUUAAUUCCAUUUGUGUUUACUUCAAGUAUGACUUUAAUCAGAUUAAGGUCAUCAGAAAUCUCUGUUUACAUGCUAGUUUCUUAAUCAGAGUAUCGUCUUAAUCGGGUUCAUAUCGGAUUAUUGUUGUCCAUGUGAACGUACUGAUUGUUUCUAUAGUAGUAUGUAUGGUGGGCGUUCUAAUAAGCCAAUAAAUCUAAUAAACUGAUUAUAUAUUGCUGAUUUGAAGUUGUCUAGACACUAGAAACCGGGUUCUUGGUACAAGGACUUUGGGGUGGUGUUCGACUUUGUCAUGCUACGUCACAGCACCCUGGCAUGGAUUAUUUUCAUGUAACAGCAUGGUCUGUUGUAUGUUAUUCCAUUACCUGCAUUGAGGAAUUACUUGUGCAUAUUACUAGUGCUUGUACUUGUCUGUAAUGAGUUUCUGGAAUAAACUGAAUCU